UUCCUUUUUCCUUACAGUACACAGCAACUUAGUCAAUUUAGAUGGCAUCAAGAGGUUGCAUACAUCCAGCAGAUGCAUUUUGCUAUGUAUGUGGCCAUUUUACAAAGACAAGAGUGAAAAAGUACUCUGUGGAAGCAUCUGCUAAGAUGUGUGAGGCCUACAAAGCAUACUUCGGCAUGCCUGUUGGUGACCAAGACAAACCAUGGGCUCCUCAUUUCACAUGUGAGCACUGCAAGAAAACUCUUGAAGGUUGGUACAGGGGAGAGAAGAGAGCCAUGCAUUUUGCUGUCCCAAGAAUUUGGCGUGAACCGACUGAUCAGUCAACAAAUUGCUACUUCUGCAUUGUGGACCCUUCCAAACGUCACACUGGCAAAAAUGCAACGCCUGUAACGUAUCCUGACAUUCCUUCAUCUAUUGCCCCAGUACCACACUGCCCUGAACUUCCUGUACCAACACUUCCAGACAGAGCAACACCACCUUCAGAAGAAAGCAGCAGGUCAGACACCCAGGAAGAUGUUGAAGAUCACGAUUUCUCUUCAUGUGCAGAUGAGGAGCGGAAGCCAUACUACCCUAACCAAAAAGACCUCAACGAUCUGAUCAGAGACCUUGGUCUCACCAAGUCCAACGCUGAGCUUCUGACAUCAAGGCUCAAGCAAUGGAACUUAUUAGAUGAAAGCAUCCAAGUCACAGGACAGAGGAAGUGUCACCAAGUUUUUUCUGUGGGGAAGAACAAUGUAAAGUGGGAGCCACUGGUGGACCCACGCAAGGUGCUGAUGCCACCACUACACAUCAAGUUGGGGCUCAUAAAACAAUUUGUCAGGGCUCUAGAUAAGGAGUUGAGAGCUUUCAAUUACCUCCAAGAUCUUUUCCCUAAGCUGUCUGAAGCAAAGAUCAAAGCUGGUGUCUUCGUCGGACCACAAAUCAAGAAGAUCAUAGAGUGCAGUGAAUUUCCCAAGAAGCUGAAUAGGAAGGACAGAGCGGCUUGGAACAGUUUUGUCGCAGUGGUUCGCGGCUUCCUAGGCAAUCAUAAAGAUGAAAACUAUGUACAACUGGUCCAGACUUUGAUAAAGAACUAUGCUGCAAUGGGCUGCAGGAUGUCACUCAAAAUCCAUAUCCUUGAUGCUCAUCUUGAUAAGUUCAAAGAGAACAUGGGAGCUUAUUCAGAGGAGCAACGCGAGCGCUUCCACCGGGACAUUAUGAACUUUGAAUGCCGUUACCAAAGACAAUAUAACGAGAACAUGAUGGGCGACUAUAUUUGGGGAUUGAUUCGUGAAUCUGAUUUGCAGUAUAGUCGUAAAUCUCGGAAAACCACACACUUCUGAACAGUUUUUGGUACUCUGUGUAAAUUUGCAAUGCCUAUAGUGUUCUUAGUCUGACUGUAUAAAUGAGAAGAUCGUCUGUUUCUAUAAUAAAAAUUCAUAAU